AUGCGCCAGUCCCUGACUCAGCAGCGCUCCAGCGCCGUCCCCCUGCCUGACUCCGCGGGGUCAUUCAAUAGAAGAAAAAGAAAUUCCCUCUACGUAACUGUGACUCUCCUCAUUGUGUCAGUAUUAAUUCUUACGGUGGGCCUAGCUGCUACAACAAGAACCCAAAAUGUGACUGUUGGAGGUUAUUACCCUGGGGUUAUUCUUGGUUUUGGGUCAUUUCUUGGAAUAAUUGGAUCAAACUUGAUAGAAAACAAAAGACAAAUGCUAGUCGCAUCCAUUGUCUUCAUCAGUUUUGGAGUCAUUGCUGCGUUCUGCUGUGCCAUAGUUGAUGGUGUCUUUGCUGCCAGACACAUAGAUCUUAGGCCACUGUACGCAGGCCGAUGUCAGUAUUAUUCCAAAACCUCAGAGAAACAGGACCGAAGGCCAUUGCUCAUCUCUUCCUUGGUUCCUUGUAUCCCCCUUCUCUUUGUGUUCACGCAGGGGAUCUGCAAUCCACAGCGCCGGGGACCUUGCACACCUAAAAUAAAAACCAACACCUGCUUCUGCUGUGACCUAUACAACUGUGGAAACAGAGUGGAAAUUUCUGGUGGGUACUAUGAAUAUAUUGAUGUCAGCAGCUGCCAGGAUAUCAUUCACCUUUACCACUUGCUCUGGUCAGCGACAAUUUUGAACAUAGUUGGAUUGUUUCUAGGGAUCGUCACAGCUGCAAUCCUUGGAGGCUUUAAAGACAUGACUCCCUCCCUUCCUACACUGAACUGUACAGUUGAAAACGCACAUCCCUCAGUGUCCUAUUACUCAAGGCCACAGGUGACUUCUUACAACACUUACUACCACAGCACUCCUCAUCUGCCACCAUACUCAGCGUAUGACUUCCAGCAUUCCAGUGUGUUUCCAACCUCCACGCCUUCUGGCCUUUCAGAUGACCCCCAGUCAAUGUCACCAUCUCCAAGCUACAUGUGGUCCUCCAAUGCUCCUCCUCGCUAUUCUCCACCAUAUUUUCCUCCUUUUGAAAAGCCACCACCUUAUACGCCAUAA